UUUGUUUAAUGAGUUGCAAUGAGAACCAAGAAACUAAUUGUUUAAAUCUUAUUGAUUACUGAUACAAUUUAGUUCUUCAACUAGUCAAUUGAUUAAGCAUAAUUGUAACAAUCAAAAGUCAAGGGAAAAUACUUAAUCAACUUUACUUUGAUUAGAAAAUUUUAUCAAUAUUUACAUCCAAUCAUUUUCGUACUUUUUUUUCACUUAAUUGCUUCUAAAAUUCAGUUAACCACGAAUACGAAUCAGAUAAACACUCUCAUAUAUUAAUUGUAAAAAGCUUCAUUUAGUUUCAAUAAUUAAAACCCAAUGAUUUUCUUAACAAUCUCAAUUCAAUCAUGAUUAGUUUAUUUUCUUAUUUGUUGUAAUAAAUUUUUCGAUGAAUUUGUUUUCCUCAUCAAAACCUUUUUUUAUCCUUUUCCAUCAAAUCCAAGAACUGUGUUGGUCGUAAGAUAAUAACCAAAAAAGUGGGCUACAUAUCGGAAGCUCCGGACACUCGAGAUGCCGAUGAUAUAACUGAACGUUAUAAAAACAAGGAGGGAACAGCCGAGGAACGAAUGUCCGUCCUAAAUGCCGCUCGAGCGGGUGGACUGGCCUAUCUUUUUGAAAUCCCCGAACCGGACAGAGAAGAUAUUAAAUUUGAAUCGGUUAAUUUCAAUAAUGAAAACUUAAUGAUUUUCAUAACAAUCAAACUAAUUGUUUACUAAUCGACAAGGUUUUCAAGUUGGAAACCUAUUGAUUGUAAUCUCAAUCAAAGAAAGAAGAAAUUAAAUAACAUGAAUAAUUUAUAUAAAUGGAUAAUCAAAAUCUCUCUUUAAUUGUCAAUCAAAUUCUCCAAGCAAUUAAAUAAAACUUUGCAAUUACAAUUUAAAAUUCGAGUACAAGUUACUCCAUCUAACGGAGAAAAGAUGUAAUGUUGUCCGUUAAAAUUUCGGUUUCCAAACUUGUUUAUUUUUCUGUGACUUUUGUUUAAUUAAAAUUAAUUGUUUUCUUUUAAUUUUUAAAUUAUUUUCAAUUAAUUUUAUGAUUUACCCAAUGACCAAAGUGUUUGUUGGAUUCUUGGUGAAAUUUCGAGUGUCUAAAUCAUUGUAAUCAUCGAAAUCUUUAAUUUGUGUUUUCUAUUUUUCUCUCUUUUCUUUUUUCUUCUUAUCCAACUGACUUUUUCUCUUUCUUUUUUGUUUGAUUUUCUUUUUCUUUUUCGACAAUUUUUUCCGUCUCUUUGUGUUACUUUCUUAUUUGACUUGAGAUUGUUUUUGUUUAGAAGAAACUUUUUUAUUCAAUUAUAUUUCAAUGGGUUCAUCUACUUGCCUUGAAUUAGCUCUUGAAGGUGAGAGACUUUGUAAAAGCUGUGAUUUUGAAGGAGGAAUCAAUUUUUUUGAGGCCGCCAUUAACAUUGGAACCAAUGAUAAGAAAACUUUAUCAGCCAUUUACAGUCAAAUUGGAAAUGCUCAUUUCUAUUUAUCCAAUUACGAGACGGCUUUACAUUAUCACAGUUUGGACCUUCAAUUGGCCAAAUCAAUGAAAGAUAUUAUCGGUGAAGCCAAGGCAAGCGGUAAUUUGGGUAAUACGUUGAAAAUGUUGGGCUCUUUUGAAGAGGCGGCCAUUUAUUGUGAUCAACAUUUAAAAAUUUCCCGAUCAUUAGGUGAUAAAGUGGGCGAAGGUCGAGCCUUAUACAAUUUGGGUAAUGUUUAUCAUACCAAAGGUAAACAUCUCGCUUCCUCAAGUCUACAGGAUCCCGGUGAUUUUCCUGAUGAUGUGAAAAACUGUUUCCGUAAAGCGGUUGAUUAUUAUGAGAGAAAUUUACACCUAAUGAUUGAAUUAGAAGACAAAUCAGCUCAAGGUCGUGCUCUAGGUAAUCUUGGUAAUACUCAUUAUCUAUUGGGUAAUUUUGAUCAAGCUAUUUACUAUCAUACCGAAAGAUUGAGAAUUGCUCAGGAGUUUGGAGAUAAAGCUGCUGAAAGAAGAGCUCAUUGUAAUCUUGGUAACGCGCAUAUCUUUCUAUGGGAUUUCGAGAAAGCAAUUUACAAUUUCAAACAAACUCUGGUUAUUGCUCGUGAGUUACGAGACAAAGUUCUGGAAGCUCAGGCUUAUUAUAGUCUUGGUAAUACUUUUACCUUGUUGAGAGAUUUCAAAACCGCUAUCGAUUAUCACAUUAAACAUCUCGAAUUGGCACAGGAAUUAAGUGACCGUGUUGGUGAAGGUCGAGCUUAUUGGAGUCUUGGUAAUGCUUUUACUGCCAUUGGUAAUCAUAAAGAAGCUCUUAGAUUUGCUUAUAAAUAUUUAGAAAUAUCUAAAAAAAAUGGUGAUAAAUUUGGUGAAGAAACUGCAACCAAGAGUAUUUCAGAACUGAAAUUGUUACUCAGUGAAAAUAAAUCUUCUUCCUCUUCAAGUGUCCCCAAAGUGAAACCCGACAAUAAACCACCAAAGAAAUUGGAAAACAAACGAUUCAGCAUGGAGAAUAUGAAUCUUUUGAAAUUAACUCCAACCAAGAACAACAAUAGUUCCAAUAAUAGUAAUGAUGAUGUUUUCAUUCCAAGUGUAAGCACCGCUAAUUCAGUUGCUAGUGGUAGUCGAAGUACCAUUCAUCCAAUGAACAAUGUCCACAACGAGGAAGAAGAUUAUUUCCUCGAUCUAUUAGUGAGAUAUCAAGGUAAACGAAUGAAUGAUCAAAGGUGUUCUUUAGAUCCAUUGGAAAAUAAAGAAAAUUAUAAACCGAAAGCAACCCAAGCGAAGAAAAAAGUUGUCCCGUUGACCAAUAACAAUAAUACUAAUGUCCAAAGCUCAUCUCGACAACCCUCAAGGCAAAUGGCUUCCAAUGAUCGAUCAACAAGUUUAAGUGGUGAAAAUAGUAGACCAACUAAUCAAGCCAAUUCACAACAACAACAACAACAAAAUACUCAUCGUAACUCUAAAUCCUCUCACCCUGGUUCUGUUGGUAAUUCACAAAGUAGUUCAUCGGCUUAUUCAACAUCCGAAUCAACUAAUAUUGUCCAAGGUUCUAAUGGUAAUCAUGAUGAUCUAUUUGACUUAAUUGAGAACAUUCAAUCUCGACGAUUUGAGGAACAACGAGCUCCAUUUUUAAAGCGAAGCUUAACAACAAAUGGAUCCGAUUAUCUUUCAGGAACGUCUAAUGGAUCGUCAAAUAUUAGGCAGCAAAACAAUGAACCAAAUCAUGGUACUCGAUCAAAUUCAGCUCGUCAUUUCCAACGACAAGUAAGCCAAGGAUCAGCUGGUACCAGUAUACCAAAUGAUGAUGACUUUUUUGAACAAUUAAUGAGAUGCCAAUCAAAUAGAUUAGAGGAUCAAAGAAGCGUUUUACCUACUUCCAUUGGAUCAUCUAGUCGCCAAUCCUCAGGUGUUAGUACCAAUACCCGUUACUCUUUAAGGUCGGGUGAUAGGUCACACAAUGGAUCCAUCCAAAGCCGAAACUCUCAUCAGCCAUCAAUUGGAUCUUUUCGUCCAACUCAAUCAUCAAAUAUGAUUACCAACAAUAAUAAUAAUAAUUCGAGAUCAACAUUACCAGAUGAAGACUUUUUCAGUUUAAUUAUGCGCUUCCAAUCAGCACGAAUUGAAGAUCAGAGAUCAGUUUUUCCAACCAACAACGGGAAUAAUACUAAUCACGAUAACAAUAAUGGCCGAUCAGUUUCCCGAUCUUAUUCAUCGUCUUCCCUGAGCAGCAGGAAAAGUUCAGUCUCGGAAAAUGGUGAUAGACAAAAAUGCACAAAAGUCUAAUUUUAUCAGAGAUUAAAUUGUGUUUAUUCUUGUCAUUUCCUUUAAUCAAUUAAUCCAAUUACUUUUAUUUUAAUUGUCUUUGUCCAUCACCUCAUCAAUCAAUUUAUCGCAUCUUCAUCUUCAUCUUCAUCUCAUCAAACAAAAAAAAACUCCAAUAUCAACUUAUAAAUCUUUACCUUGAACGUCUCGCCAAAUGAUAAAUUUAAAGAUACCAAUUAAUUAUUUGAUAAUUGCGAAAUAAUUAAUUAUCUUAACGUUUCUUGUAUUUCUCCUUGUUGAGGAUUGAAUUUACUUCUCCUUUUCCUGUCUUCGAUUGAAGUGACUUAACCAUCUAUCUAUCUAAUAUUAUUAUUACUAUUGUGAAACAUUCUAUUUAAUUAUUAUGAUUAGACUCAAAGUCGAAGUGAAAAUUAAUUGUUCACAUUGUUAAUCAAUUUUUUCUCACCCUCUCUCUUCCUCCCAAUCAACACCAACGAAUGUAAAUCAAUCUCAAUCUAAUUUAAAACUCCAAUUGUGAAAAGAGAGAAAGGAAAACAAAAUUUAUUGUAAUUAACCCGAAAAUCAUAUGGUAUAAAUGUAUAUGAUUAACUCAAUUAUAAUCAAAGGGAUUACCUUCCUAAUCUAUCAAACAAAUCUGACAAUUAAUUUCUUUCAAAAUCAACAAUUAAACAAAAAAGAAUCAGUAAAGUGGCUCAACCUGACGAGCGAAAAAUUAAAAUCCAAAUGUUUUUGUUUACAAUUUGAUUGUUUACUUUUCGUUUAAUUAAUUGAUUUGAUAACUCGUUUCACUUUUAUCACAACAAUGAUUAACCUUUUAAAUCGUGUGAUUAUCGUUUAUGUUAAUUGUUACUUUAAGUUGCGAAUUACUAACAAACUUCCCAAUCAAUUUAACGGAUCAUUUGGUUGACGGCUUUGUUUUGACAAUUGGAACAAAAUUGUUUUCCAAUUUAAACAAAUUCUAUAGUUUGACACAUUUUCUCCUCUCAAUGAACAGGAAAUGAACAAUUGCUCAGGAGUUUCUCAGGAUGUGAUGGGGAUGCUGAAAGUUCAUUGGAAUCUCUGGUUAACGCGCAUCUCUAUCAUUGGCAAUUCGAGAAAGACAUUUAUUAUUCCCAU